AUGGUACUUUGUUCUUUCGCUCAUGGUACUUUGAUCUUUUCGCUCAUGGUACUUGUUCUUUUCGCACAAGACGGUAUCUUCUCUGAUUCUGAUACUCGCAUCUUUUCUCCACAAUCCAAAUUCCACAUGGCGCCCAAGGCCCAGAAAAUCGAGGAAGACACCUUGGCCCGGCAAUCGGACGUCACGGUUGCCACUAACGCCACGCCCCAUGCCGAAUACAAGGGCUUUUUCGUCUAUGUGCUAGCGUCGGUGAUUUUUUUCGCAUACAUCGGAUGGACCGUGGUGCCUGAGCCGUGGCUCCAGAAAAUCGGCGUGUCCUAUUAUCCAGACAAGUACUGGGCGCACGCGGUGCCGGCGUACCUGUUGAUUGCCAUGGUAUACUCGUAUGUGUUUGUGGCGUUGGUGAACUUCGAGGUGAAGACGCUCAAGCUUGACGAUUUGCGCAAUUUCACCGACGAACAUGCGGUUUAUCCGAAAAACCCCGAGGAGUAUGUAUGGAAGGCGCCAAGUGGCGUUUGGGAUCUUCCGAUCGGCUUGGUCAAUGACGUUUUGUACGGGGGAGAUUAA